CCGCUGCUUCCUGUUUGUUGUUGUUGAUUGAUUUGGAUUUGCUUCUACUACUUGUAGUGCGUUGUGGUGAGUUGGUUGGUGAUUUAGUACUGGGCAGGCUGGCGGAAGCGGGAGAAUUGGGCAGACUGCUGAGUUCCAGCUGUCGUUGUUGUAAUUGUUGAAAGAGAGAACUGACAGCCCUGGGAAUCAUUCCUGAGGAAGUCUCUUCUGGAGCGGAAUGACAGGUAGACGGUCCAAUGACAGUGUGUGUUUUUCCGGAACCUGUUUGCCCAUAUGCCAGUAUUGUUGCAUUGUAUCCUUCUAGACAUCUCUCUACCAAUGGAGCGACACGGUGUUCAUAGACUUGUACUUGUGUAGAGCUGAUAGGAAACACUUCAUCAAAUGUGAACGUGGGUCCUGUCGAUUCCGGUCCAAUUUGAAUGGUAGUGGGCCGACCACGGAGGGGUGGAAGUAUAUGAAUGCAAGAACCACAUCCUGACUCUAGUGAUGACAAGAGAGGCCGUACUCUCACAGCCACUUGUACAGAAGAAGCCGAGCCAGACGAAGAAGAAGGCCUCGUUGGUGAGGAUGCCGUCUUCAUGGUCACCAAGGAUAGGUCAUUCGUGAUGGCACUCGCAUCGUCGUCGGUGCACACAGAGGGACUGCUAGGGUUGUUGCUGUUACUAUAAACCAGAUUCUGAUGUUGUGGAACAGAUACGGAAGGAGAUUCUUCUUGCUGUUGUUGCUGUUGGUGAUCCAAGUGUUCGCUGUGGUUGCCUGUCAUCUAAAACACACGUCUUGUUCUGUGCUUCUGUUCUUCUUCUGACCAAAAAAGUGCCUCAAAGGAACAAUUUCCUUUUUCUCUUCGCCGACACCUUCGCCUUAUUGUGGUCAAUCACAACAGAACAACACUUGACAAGACACAACAACACAACUCCAACUAUCUGAAUCAAGGUACCAACACCUCUCCUGUGUCCUCUUUAGAGAUGAUGAUGUGUGUUGAAGGUUGAAGAAACGAAUUUUUUUGUGAGCAUCAUCAGCCAGUGCACCAAGCAGUGGCAAAAUGCUGUCUAAAUCCCUCCGAGUGCCGGAUGCAUGGCCUUUGCCAUUCAACGGAAGCAAAAACCACUCCCACCUGGCCGUCCCAUCCCAUUUGUCAGUUCUUUCGUGGCCUGCUGCAGUAGGUACCAGUACCACCAUAACUUGGUUCGGCACCCAAACUGAGCGAGGACAACUAACUAACAUCUUCAUGGCUACCGGUAAUAUAACUUGGAAAUAGCUAGCUAGAUAAGCUAGCCUGCCGCCCGUAGGUAGAUAGCAAGCUAUCGUAGAACACGGCUCAUUGCCAACCCGCUGACCGACUCGACUCCCGCCACAGAUGGGAAUCUGUACAGUAGUUCCACUGCUUUUUAUUUUAUUUUAAAAACGGGGUGGUGUGGUGGGAGUCGAGUCGAUCGGUCUGUGUGUUGCACAUGCUUUGCAUUCCUCUGCUUCUACUGUACUGUACGUAUGCAUACCGGUACCGUAGUUUUCGAGGUUUUUUAGUCUCUCCAUCAAGGGAAAUCUUUGGUAUCUUUGUGGGUCAUUGGCCCCUCGAGCUAUCCGAGCAUUGCUCACUCUAUGGCUACGGUACCGUACAAUGGCUAUUGUGGCACACACACAGUUUUACCUCAACUAAACAUGUACAUGUAGCUAGAAGGAACCACGACAAUGGAGAACGACAUGACAAUCGAGGAUGAUAUCAGCACGUUGAGGAUGGACGACGAUGAGGACGACCUGCUGGGCGAGGAUAUUGACGACGAACUUAGCGUGAUGAUAGAACCGAGUGCUACCGAUGAAAGGACAGUCUACAAGGACAGCACGGAGGAGGAUGGAAAGGGCGCAGUUGCCAAGGACACCAAUACCGUGGCCGGCGACGAGGUUGAGAGUGCCACGGAAGCGGAAACCGAGCUUUCCGUCGAAGUGGAAGGUCUGGAAACGUUGGUCAAGGAGCCGCCGCAACAGCAACAGGACAACAACAACAAUCAAAGAGAUGACGCUAGCUUUGUAUCCUGUAUGAACAAUCGGACCGUGCAAGUGGCGGUUCGAGUGCGUCCGCUCCUAGGGAACGAGAAGAAACCUUGUUUAGAGGCGCUAUACGAACGAAAAAACUUGACGUCGCAUGCCCGGGACCGAAGUCGCCGCAAGCACCACUCGAUUCUCCGUGUUGGAGACGAAGAAGGGCCAACAUAUUGCUACGACGAAGUGUUUCCAGAAAACUCUUCUCAGGAAGAUAUCUACGAGCAUCGCGUCGCUCCCUUGGUCGAUAGGUGUUUGGCAGGAUACAACGCGACAAUCGUGGCGUAUGGUCAGACUGGAUCGGGGAAGACGUACACGAUGACAGGUCCACCGGUUGGAGACAAUGAAAUAAAAGAGAGCGAAGUCGGAGUCAUUCCUCGAGCCCUAAGGGACUUGUUUGAGGGUUUAGAAGCUCGAUCAGACCAAAGCGUGGCAGGCUACAGCUGCCUUGUGAAGCACACGAGCCAUGUGCGAGUACAGUUUCUCGAGCUGUACAUGGACGACAUUCGAGAUCUUCUACGUGAUCCGGACGACAAGAAACCUGCACGAAAAGUCACGCUAAGAUGUAUUGGCGAAAAAGAACCAGACGUCAUUGGUUCCUGCAAGCCCACAGUGACGACAGCUGAUGAAGCUCUAGAACUUCUCAAGAAAGGGCUACAAAGGCGAGCGACUGGCGCAACGUCAAUGAACGCGACAUCUUCUCGCUCUCAUGCCAUCUUUUCGGUGAUGGUUGAACAGCAGACAACGAUGACUGGUGCAGUCUCCAAGGGAUCUCACGUCAAGCGUAGCCGCUUCCACCUCUGUGACCUGGCAGGGUCGGAACGACAAAAGCGAAUCUUCUCGGACGUAUCGGAUGCGCAGCAACGCCUCCGAAAAGGCGAGGUCUGUCAAAUCAACAUGGGGCUGCUGGCAUUAGGAAAUGUCAUCUCUGCGCUUGGCGAUCCAAAACGUGCCUCGUCCAAUGGUUACGUUCCAUACCGAGAUAGCAAGCUUACACUCCUUCUUAAAGGGAGCUUGGGCGGCAAUCAUCAUACACUGAUGAUUGCCUGUGUCAGCCCUGCUGUGGAGAACAAGGAAGAAACCACAAAUGCUUUGCGAUACGCUAACCGCGCAAAGAACAUUACGAAUCAUGUCGUGGUGAACUUGGAUCGUCGAUCGCAGCUACUAAAUCAGCUGCAAUCCCAAUUUCAGUCUCUUGCCAACGACCUACUCGUCGCUUAUGAACAGGACACAACAGGCGGCGUUGACUUCCGAAACCUUCUGGAGACAAUAGCUGCUGGAGAGCAGUCCGGUAAAGUUGGUCCCAGUGAGACGAAAACCAAACCUCCCAAGCCAAUCACUCCUCCUGUUCCCUCUCUCUCGGCCUCCGCUGAUGGGUCACCACGACCCUCCCGCCACGUCAGCAUGAUUCCUCGUCUUCGAUCGGCAAUGAAGCAACCCGAGCCAGUGAAAAUUGCACAAGCAGAGCCUGUUAAGAACGACAUUACCGAUGAAGAGAUUCCAGGUCGCUUGGCCGGCUAUGAAAAGGAGAUCAAAGCGCUCCGAGGGGAGCUCCAAGUGGCCAAACAUGAAUUGGUUGUGGCCCUUGCCUCUGACCGUAAUCCACCUGAUGAUGGAUCGAUAUCAGACCUCAGUGAGUCUUCGUUCCCGUCUCGUAUCGGAAGCGUUAAGAGGUUUGACUCCCAAGACUCGGUGGAGGUUCGUGGCCUACGCCGUCGUCUUUGUCGUCGAUUGGAAACUCUGCAGGGCGGCAAGGAUUCGGACCAGCAGUACAGCAAUGAGAUGAAACAGUACUAUGAGAAGGUCAAAAACAUGUCUGCGGCACUGCAGCAAAAGGAAGACGCCAAGGCCGUCCUCAUGCAGCGAUGGCAGGAGUGCAAUGUAGAGAACAAGGGCGACCAGCGGAUAUCCUCCACCCGUCAGAUCGGCCUCCCCCGCAUUUGCGCUUCGGCGGUUGUAUAUAUGAGCGUUGUAUAUUGCGUUGCCUCAACCAUAUACAGUGCGUGUUAGAGAGUAGUUAUAAAACAGUUUACAGAACGAACUUGAACAAUGG